AAUCGAUAUCCGACCUCCGCAACAGCAACGUCAACGACAACGACGACGCGCUUGUGCUUUUGGCCGCGCCAGGGUAUGCUUUACUGAUAUCCUUCCUCCGCUAGACGUAGGUAGACAAGAUUCGAUUAUGGACGCUGCGAACGAAAACACUGGUACCACGAAGCGCUCAGGCAUUAAACCACCCUCGACCUUUUCCAACAUCACCUCAUCGCCGACUCGCGCCCUCGGCGAAUUGCACGAAGCUGGUGCCAACGCGCGAAGCGGAAUGCCGAUACCUACAGCGAAACACAAGCCCUCCGGCUUGCCGGAGCCGGCUUUCAAGCAACGGAAGACUCUUGCAGAGCAGGCUGGCGAGCCCAUUUCUCGACUAAAGCCCCCGCCGUCUAAGAUAUCGAGUGGGAUCAAAAGCAUCGUACCGCGUGGACUCGCCGCGUCCACAUCGCGUGCCACUACGAAACCGACAGCGAGACAUCCUGCAGCCUCUACUCUCAGUGGCAGUGUGGGCGGAGCGCCUAAGGCUUCCGGGGCUGUGAGACCCAAGUCGGCCUAUGGCCAUGGAAGCCAUGCUAGGAGCAAGUCCUAUCAGCAAGGGCCGCGCCCUACGACAGCAAUGCUAAACCGAGAUGACGAUGACGACAGUGAGCAAGCAGAGCGCAAAGAUUUCUACAAUGAACGCAUGGAGGCCAUGGAACGAGACUUCCGCAUGUUCAAGGAGAAGAUGGAGACAGAUGUGCGGCAGGCUACUGACUACAAGGAAUCGAUUCAGCAGCUUCAAAGUCGCGUCACGGAACUCGAAACUAUUCGCGCGCGUCUGGAAAUCGUAAACAAGGGCCUAGAGUCGGAACUCGACGAUACACGAAGCUGCCUCAAGUCAGUAAAGAUGGAACUCGAGAUGAUGCAGCAGAAACACACAUACGAAGUUGAAGAUGUACGGCGGAGACUACGCAUUGAGGUCGAGGAUCUGGAGUCGCGGCAUCGGAAAGACACAGACCGAAUGGAGAGAGAACGAGAUGAGGUCGAGAGGAAGACACGCCUCGAGCUCGAAGGACGAAUCGACAAACUGCUGAAAGAACACGACGAAGAACUUGCCGGCUUGCGGAAGAAACUGGACGCCGACACGGAAACGGAGCGAAGCAGGCGCGUACAAGAAGCACAAAAGAUCGAGGAGGAGUAUGGUUCAAAGCUUAGAGCAGCUGCGAUGGAAGCAGACGCAAAACACCGCGAGGCCCAAUUGGUCCAGGGCGAACUCACCAAUGUCAAGUCCGAGCUUGACCGAGAGAGGAUGCUCAAGAAUAGCCUUCAAGUUCAACUCACAGAAGCAACAAGCAACAACCUUACAUUGGACGCAGCGAACAAGGCGAUGAAGGAGAAGAUCGACUUCCUCGAGUCCGACAGCCAGGCCCAGUCGCAAGCUUUCAAUGACCUUCACAAACGAAUGCAAGAUGCGAUUGAAGCUGCUGAAAGAGCGCAAGACAAGCUUCGUCAAGAGGAGACACUACGCCGAAAACUUUUCAACCAGGUGCAGGAACUCAAGGGCAACAUCAGAGUUAUGUGUCGUGUGCGACCCGCCCAUGAAACCGAACGCAAUCCGGCGCAAAUCUCGUUCCCGGACAACGAUACCGACAGCAAAGAAGUGGCAGUGCUUGGUCCAAGCAAGCAAAGCGCAACUGGCAAGGACAUUACAUCCGCCUAUGCGUACUCGUUUGACCGUGUAUUUGGCCCAGCGUCACAGAACAGCGAAGUUUUCGAGGAGAUCAGUCAGCUUGUACAAAGCGCUCUUGAUGGAUACAAUGUCUGCAUCUUCUGUUACGGUCAGACAGGAGCUGGAAAAACACAUACCAUGUCGUCAGCUGACGGUAUGAUCCCCCGUGCGACAGCCCAGAUCUGGGAUGAAGCGCAGCGAUUGCAAGAGAAGGGCUGGAAAUACGAGAUGGAAGGCUCUUUCCUCGAAGUUUACAACGAGACGUACAACGAUCUGCUCGGUCGCUCAGAGGAUCUAGACAAGAAGAAGGUCGAGGUGCGACAUGAUGCGGCGAAAAAGCAAACGAACCUUGACGGUGCAGUCAGUGUGAAGCUCGACGGUCCAGGUCGCGUGGAGGAAAUCUUAGCGACCGCCGACAAGAAUAGGACGGUCGCUGCCACCAAGGCCAACAUGCGUUCCAGUCGAAGUCACUCUGUCUUCAUUCUGAAGCUUGUCGGUACCAAUGAGAUUACUGGUGAAAGGAGCGAAGGUACGCUCAAUUUGGUCGAUCUUGCCGGCUCAGAGCGACUUGAACACUCCAAGGCUGAAGGGGCGCGCCUCAAGGAGACACAAAACAUCAACAAGAGUUUGAGCUGUCUGGGAGAUGUCAUCAACGCUCUUGGAUCGGCAAAGGAAGGCACACAUGUGCCAUACAGAAACUCGAAGCUCACAUACCUCCUCCAAUACUCGUUGGGUGGCAAUUCAAAAACGCUCAUGUUCGUCAUGGUCAGCCCGCUACAAGCACAUCUUCAAGAGACAAUUACGAGUCUCAAAUUUGCAACUAAGGUUUACAACACGCACAUCGGAACGGCGAAGAAGCAGACCAAGACGUCGUAGACUUGGUUGUCAAGACGUAGAUUGACUUUGGGUCCUGCGACACUUGUGUGCUACAGGAUGGGCGUUCGGUUGUUCUGGAUAGGACGAGGUGUUUGCGUAUAUAUCUUCUUGUAUGCACGAGCAGUGGCCUUUGAAGUGUUCGAGGUCAAUAUUGAUUUGCUUGGUGUAUAUAGCCAUGGUUUGGAGUCCAGGAUUUAUCUGGACAGGGCAAAGUCGUGUGGCGCACAGUCAACAUGCCGGCGUUCAGGAUUUCUUUUGGUAGCAAUGUGAAGAACGAUGAACGAAGCAUAUUCAUUCUUGAUCUUGCUUCUAGUGAUAUGAUGAGAGG